AUGUAGAGAGUAGUUGACUAUUCGAAUCACGAUCAAUUUGAUUCAUUUUAAGAGAGUGGUAAUAACCUCAAUCAGAUAAAUUAGGACAAUCAGGAUAAUUAGAACUUAUUGGGCUUUUCUGGAUUUCAAACAGAGAUUAUUCAAAAGUACAAUCAGUAUUAAUCAGUAUCAGUCAACGGACCAAAAUGGUCAAAAGAAGGAGGAGUCGGCUAGUACAGACUUUAUAAAAUAGAGACUAAGACAAACUAAUAAGUUGAGUUCUUUUCAGUUUAUAGAAGAUUUAGAGACUUUGAAUGGUUGUAUCAAAUUUUAUAAUUGAAGUUUCCAGCUUGUAUUAUUCCCCCGAUUCCACCUAAGAAUGCCUUUGGAAAUUGGUAUGCUGAUGAAUCUGAGUAAGUUUAGAUCAGAAAAGCUGGUCUUGAGAGGUUUCUAACAAAAGUUAUGAAUCAUAGAUUAAUGUGUGAAUCAGAUGAUUUGAAAGGCUUUCUCACUGAAGCUGAUCAUUAGUUUGAGGAAAGAAAGAGGCAAUCCUAAUAAUUUAUCACUGAAAAUUCUGACUAGUAAUAAAGCUACUCGUCUAUGGCUAUUACAACCAUUACAUCAGCAUUUUCAAAGGCAUCUGAGAAGAUGAGUGGCUACCUAUGGAGUCAAAACUCUCCUAAGCCAACAGCAAGGAAAUAUUCUUUCAAUGGUUAGAAUCCAGAGGGGCAAUAAGAAUUAGACAGAUUUUUAAACAACGAGGAGUAUCUAGAAACUUUGAGAGAGAGUUUUUAGUCUCUAUCAAAUGAAAUUCUAACUCUCAUAGAUUGUACUGAGGAAUCGUCAAAGAAUUACUCUUAAUUAUCAGAGAACUUCGCAAACUUUUAGAAUAUGAAAGGAGCUAAUAUUGACUAGUUAUACACACUUUCUAAGGAGAUAUCAAGUACCUUUCAAAAUACGAGUAAUUAAAAAAAGGAAGAAUUGGAAGAUUAAGUUCGCAAGCUAAAAGAUCCAAUUGAUGACUAUAAAUUAAUGAUUGAAGCUGCAAUUAGUGCUUGUAAUAGAAGAAGAUAGCUUGUUUAUAAAUACUAUGUAAUGAUUGAGUAGCAAUAGAAAUCCUAAUAAUCAGUUCUUAUGUAAGAAUAUGAAAAUUCUGGAGCAAGAAACUAGCAUUCUUAGUUGACCAAAAAAAUUGAAGAAAUGUUUGAGAAAGUUAAAGAAAGUGCUAAAAUUCUAGAAUAGGAAUUAAAGCUAUUUAGAUAGUAAAAAGAAGUAGAACUAAAAGCACUUAUCAGUGAGUUUGUAAAUAUACAAAAGAAGUCGAAUGAAAAACUUAAGAACUAUUGGUAAGGGUUUUUGAAUAACUCUGAGAUAGGAAAAGAAGGAGCAGCAGGCCUUGAAAGUUAACUCAGUAGUUUAUAAUGA